AUGGCAAUCAACAAGUCUGUAGUUCUGCUUGGUGUGGUUUUGGCCUCUCUCCUGCUCGGCUUCCAGGAUGUUGUGUAUGUCAGGGAGCUCACUGACAAGCCAAUGAACCAUUUUAAAGAAGAAAUUACAUGGGGAACUGACAUAUCUUUGUGUGCUUCAUGUUUCUUCAUUCAUGCAGACUCUGGAGUGAAGAAUGUGAAGCCUGCAGGAGAGCCUGGACUGAUCAAGGAUGAGAAGUGGUUUGGUGGAUACAAGCAUGGUGGUGGAGGGUAUGGAAACAAUCAGCCUGGAUAUGGCGGAGGAAACAACCAGCCUGGGUAUGGUGGAGGAUACAUGCCUGGACAUGGUGGAGGAUACAUGCACCAUGACCAUGGUGGUGGCUAUGGGUCUGGAUAUGGAGGCCAUGGAUGUGGAUGUGGAUGUGGAGGUGGGUAUGGCAGUGGCCCGGCCCCGGGAUAUGGAGGUGGCAAUGGCAAUCCUGGAUACGGCGAUGGCAAUGGUGGUGGCACUGGCGGAGGAAAUGGCAAUGGUGGUGGGUACGGCGGAGGUGGGGGCUAUGGAGGCGGAUACGGUAGUGGUGGGUACGGCGGAGGUGGGGGCUAUGGAGGCGGAUACGGUAGUGGUACUGGUGCAGCACCAGGAGGCGGAUAUCAUGGUGGUGCAGGGCACUAUGGUGGGCGGAACUAA